UGUUUUCUAGUUCAGAAGAGGAAGCAGUGUCUCAUUCCAAACUGAUCUUCUCUGGGAAAUGGCUAAAUUUGUUCCAACUUUUAAGGAAAUCUGUAGAAAACGAGAUAUACACGGGUAGCAUGCUUUCUAUUAGGUGCAAGCAAGAGGAAAGCUAAUAUUAAGCACAUAUGAAACAGACCACAAUGGUAUCCAUCCCAGAAUAUUACGAAGGCAAGAAUGUCCUCCUCACUGGAGCUACUGGCUUCAUGGGAAAAGUUCUACUGGAAAAGCUGCUACGGUCCUGUCCAAAGGUGAAAGCAGUUUAUGUGUUGGUGAGGCACAAAGCAGGGAAGGCACCUCAAGAACGAGUGGAAGAAAUGAUCAACUGCAAGCUCUUUGACAGACUGAGAGAUGAACAGCCAGAAUUUAAAGAAAAAAUUAUAGCAGUUGCCAGUGACCUUACAGAACUAGAAAUGGCACUCAGUGAGGAAGAUAAGGAGAACCUCAUAAACUGCAUUAACAUUAUAUUCCACUGUGCUGCUACUAUAAGAUUCAAUGAAAUUCUGAGAGAUGCUGUUCAGCUCAAUGUAAUUGCAACUCAGCAGCUUCUCUUCUUGGCCCAGAAAAUGAAGAAUCUAGAUGUAUUUAUCCAUGUUUCAACAGCAUAUGCAUACUGCAAUCAGAAGCACAUUGAGGAAGUUGUCUAUCCGCCACCUGUCGAUCCUAAGAAGUUGAUAGAUUCUUUAGCGUGGAUGGAUGACAGCCUUGUGAAUGAUAUUACACCAAAAUUAUUAGGGGACAGGCCUAAUACUUACACAUAUACAAAAGCUUUGGCAGAAUACAUUGUACAACAGGAAGGUGCAAAACUAAAUGUGGCCAUCAUAAGGCCAUCAAUUGUGGGUGCCAGCUGGAAGGAACCUUUCCCAGGGUGGAUUGAUAACUUUAAUGGACCCAGUGGCCUUUUUAUUGCUGCAGGAAAAGGAAUUCUUCGAACGAUGCGAGCCUCCAACAGUGCAGUUGCAGAUCUUAUUCCAGUAGAUGUAGUGAUCAACACAACAAUAGCUGCUGCUUGGUAUUCAGGUGUUAAUAGGUAUAACAGACCAAGAAAUCUUAUGGUAUACAACUGUACAACAGGUGGCACCAAUCCCUUUCAUUGGGGUGAAGUUGAAUGUUACCUAAAUUUGAUUUUCAAGAAGAAUCCUUUAGAACAAGCAGUAAGGCGUCCCAAUAUUAAAUUGCAGUCCAGCCCACUUAUACAUCAUUAUUGGACUACAGUCGGUCACAUACUUCCUGCGUUGUUGUACGAUGUUGUUCUCAGGUUGACAGGUCAGAAACCGUGGAUGAUGAAAACAAUAACACGUCUUCACAAGGUUAUGAUGUUACUAGAAUAUUUCACCAGUAAUUCUUGGGACUGGAAUACAGACAAUGUCAAUAUGCUUAUGAACCAGCUGGGUCCUGAAGACAAAAAGGCAUUUAAUUUUGAUGUUCGACAGUUACACUGGGCAGAAUAUAUGGAAAAUUACUGCAUGGGAACAAAGAAAUAUGUAUUAAAUGAGGAAAUGUCUGGUCUCCCAGCAGCUCGAAAACACUUGAACAAGCUAAGGAACAUACGUUACGGCUUCAAUACAGUGCUUGUGAUCCUCAUCUGGCGUAUUUUUAUUGCAAGGUCUCAAAUGGCAAGGAAUAUCUGGUAUUUUGUUGUGAGCCUUUGUUACAAGUUCCUCUCUUACUUCAGAGCAUCCAGCACUAUGAGAUACUGAAGAUGACAAAUCUAGCAUUAGGACAUCUAUGCAUAUGGUGGUCUAAUGGCACAAAGCCGUAUAAUGUACUUACACAUCUCGUCUUUUGUAAAAACAUGAAAUAUUAGAUCUGGAUUGUGAAAUACAGUACACGUGAUGCUUAAUUGUGUAUUUCUGUGAAGAUUAUAUGGCUGGUAUUGGAUCAAUCUGUCAUAGGCAAAUACAUAGGUUUAAUAUCCAAACAGAUGUAAUAUCUCUGCGAGAAAACACGUUAGGCCACUGACCAGUGUAACUGUGCAAUUCUUGAAUGCUUUGAAUUAAAAUCUGCCUUAACAUAGUGAACUUUAAUUUUUAUUUCAAAUAAGCGCAUUUAGUUAAAGUGAACAAAUUAUUGGCUUAAAUGGUAGAUCUAUUUAUUUGAGACUUUUAAAUUGCAAUGGGUUUGGUUAAUCCUACGAGAUACGUCUCUAUAAAUGAUUGCAAGUUGGGCAUUCUGCUAGUCUUAUUCUUCAUAUCUCCUUUGCAUUGAUGUGAAGGAUAUGAUGAAGAUUACUAACAGAAAUUAAUCUUAAUAAUUGAAAGCCUUAUUGCAUCUAAUCUUGAUAGUGCACCUACUGAUUGAGUUUGACUCACAGGAAAUGGAAAUAAUUGUUCACAGUCUAGAUGUGCAUGCAGGAUCAACAUAUGCACUUGCUCCCCUUUACUGAAAUUGAAAAGAUAGGGCUCUUCAAGGGGAAAAACUGUAGCUGGUACAUAGUAUUUUUCUUAACAAGUUUUUUGAAUUAUGGUUAAAAAAACUAUUUGGCCAAGGAAAUAAGUCAUCUUAAUCCCUUAAAAGAAAUGGUGAGGCCCUGUGAGAGAUCUAACUAUUCAAGAAUGUCCAUGGAAAUCAGGUAAUUUGAAAUUUGUAAUUCAGAGCAUAAAACUGUUUAGGAAAUUUGACACUCUUCCUAUAUUGCCUGCAAUUUUGAAAAUCUAAAAUGCUUUCUUUUAAAGCAGUGAAGUUAACAUAUUGAUGCUAAAUAAGGCUUAGCACAAUUUUGGUAAAUGGUAGACACAAGAAUGGUAGAAAGUGAAAACACUGAAUGGCUGUUUGUUGGAUAAACAUAUUUUUCUGCAAGUUUCACUUGUUUUAGCGGGGGGGGGGAAUACAUUUACAGGAAUCCUUACAGAAAAGUUUUAUUUAAAACACCCUUUAAAACCCACUUCCAUAAAAUGUGCUCCCCUCAACACUUUUUUAAAAAGAAUCCACCAUAUCUAUCCAAUGUGGUGGAAAACUGAUCACCAUCUGCUGUACCUUUUUUAGCACCAUGCCUAUGUAAAUUGUGAACGAAUAUACAAUGACUUAUACAGGUGUUGCGAUGCACAUGUGUCCUAUACUUAAAAUUCCACAUAUGACUUUUGUUUUGCCACUGUGGGAAUCUCCCAUGCAAGUUACAUCUAAUUUUAGAGGGGAAACUUCCUUGUUGACACUUAAAUGGUUCUCUUAAGUGCUUAAGUAUAUGGUUUGUUUGUUUUUUAAAAGAAAUUUGUAUAUAAUCUCUCCAGAGAUAAAAAAUGUUACAUAGUCAAGGACCACACCAUUAAUAAGUGUGUGAGACUGCUGUGACAGUGAUGGAAAUACAAUAAAUUGUGGGCUGUGUGAUUUAAGGUUUUACAGUUGACUGCAAUAUUCCUGCUACAUCUUGUUACAGCUGCUCCCCUAACUCUCCUCCAUCGUUGAACCUGAAAGUUUGCUUAGCAUUUUGGCACAUUGUGGAGUUACUUGGGUUUUGGACAAGAUACUUGGAACCCAACAAACCACCAUAGUGUGUGUGUGAGUGAGUGAGUGAGUGUGUAUGCAUGCAUGCAUGCAUGCAUAUGUGGUUGAACUUGAAUGAAGCAGUUAUAAGAUGCUUAGGUAUUUUAAUUGUUCAUUUGUAUCCACAGAACUUGUUUUUAAUGGGACAAACUAUAGCUAACCUUUUAAAGUAAUACAACUGAGAAAAUGCCACUGACCAUAAUACUAAAGAAAAUCCUAUGUUUAACUGAUGAAAUUGUUGAGGUUUCUGUGUUAGACUUUAAUAUCCAAUAAGACUGCCACUUUGGAUCCUAAAGUUUCUAUUUAAUUUGGGUGGUUAUGAAACACUGUCAUACAAAGAACACCAUGCUAUGCAAAAAAAUAAUUUUUUACAUUCCACUUAAAUCUGGAUUGUUACAACAUUUUCCCAUUAUCUACAUAGUGUUGCCAUCCAUGCUAAUAUUGCUCUUUCAUUUUUUUCAAUCUCAUUAAUUUUUUAAAAAAUCUAGGUUCCAUAAUUUUGGGUAUUAGUCUGAAAAGAGUCAUUUGUUUUUAAGAACAGUAAAAUCUUAUGUGCGAGAACAGCAUUCAGAAACAAAUCACUCAGCAGGUAUGCCACAAUUUAAAAUUGGGACCAGAUGAAGAAUGUUACCCUUCGGUGGAAUUUUCUGCUGUAAGAACAGAUUCUGAAAGCAAAACUUUAAAUCAUACAGUUUUAUAAAACAGAAAUAUUGGGUGCCUUUGUUUGUAAACCAAAAAUAAACAAAUUCCUGAA